CUCCACCACAUGAACCCAGGAAAUGAUACAGGAAUGUCAAAUUUUCUUCUUAUGGGAUUUUCAGAGGAACCAGAAUUGCAGCCCCUCAUAUUUGGGCUUUUCUUCUCAAUGUACCUCAUCACUGUGUUUGGAAACCUGCUCAUCAUCCUGGCCACCAUCUCAGAUCCCCAUCUUCACACCCCCAUGUACUUCUUCCUCUCCAACCUGUCCUUCGUAGACAUCUGUCUCACCUCCACUACCAUCCCAAAGAUGCUGUGGAACAUCCAGACCCAGAGCAAAGUCAUAACUUAUGAAGGAUGCAUCAUACAGAUGUAUUUUUUUGUAAUUUUUGCAGUAUUGGACAUCUUUCUCUUGACUGUGAUGGCCUAUGACCGCUUCGUAGCCAUCUGUCACCCCCUGCGCUACAUGGUAAUCAUGAACCCCUGGCUAUGUGGACUGCUGGUUCUGGCAUCCUGGAUCCUGAGUGUCCUGCAUUCCUUUUUACAAAGUUUAAUGGUGUUGAGACUGUCCUUCUGUACAGACUUACAAAUCCCCCACUUUUUCUGUGAACUCAAUCAGGUGGUACAACUUGCCUGUUCUGACACAUUUCUCAAUAACAUGAUGAUGUGUUUUGCAGCUGUCCUGCUGGGUGUUGGUUCUCUUACUGGUAUCCUUUACUCAUAUUCGAAGAUAGUGUCCUCCAUAUGUGGAAUAUCAUCAGCUCAGGGGAGGUAUAAAUCACUUUCCACCUGUGCAUCUCACCUCUCAGUUGUCUCUUUAUUUUAUUGCACAAGCCUAGGAGUGUACAUUAGCUCUGCUGCUACCCACAGCUCCCAUUUAAAUGCCAAAGCCUCAGUGAUGUACACCGUGGUCACACCCAUGCUGAACCCCUUCAUUUAUAGUCUGAGAAACAAAGACAUAAAGAGAGCUCUGAAAAUGUUCUCUGCGAUGGCAGCUCUAAAAGAACCAGUGGUCCUAGGGCUUAAGAAGUGCCCAUGA